CUGAGGGAGCAGAAAAUGUCCCUGGUGUCGUCCAGUCCAGGACCGGUGGGGUGUCCUCGAGAUGGUUGGUACCAGAGCCAAGCAAGCAGCAGCUGCAGGUGGGGCUGGUCCAACCCCAGGAGGCCCAGGAGCAGGAGGUGAACCAGGCCAUGCAGCCCCUUUCUGAGGCUGAGCUGCCCUUGGUGACCCCACAGUUGGCAUCAGGAGAUGAUCUCCUCACCCCAGAGACAUGCCAGUGUUUCCAUGGCUUCUGCUAGCAGGAGGCCAAAGCACAGUGGGAGAUUUGCAGCCACCUGUAGCAGCUCUGCUAGUGCUGACUGGAUCCCAGCACCACAGCACGCAACAAAUCUUGGAGCUGGCGGUGCUGGGGCUGUUCCUGGUCAUUCUGCUCCAGGAGAUCCAGAGCUGGGAGUGGGAGUGUGGCGUGGAGACCUGUGCUGAGGCAGUGGCCCUGAUCAGGGUGUUGUAGCUGAGGCAGGUAGAGGAUGAGAAGCUCCAGCUGAGAGUGAUCAUAUUAUCCUAAUCAUUGAUGUUGCCCUCCUCACCUCCAUGUGUCUGGGAGAUGUUCCCUCCUAGCCCCAUUUCUCCCAGUGCCUGACUUGCCAGUGACAUAGUUAUUUUGUCCCCAGGUCACAGUAAGUGUGGAAGUCAAGGAGGUGUCCUAAGGCAUGGUGCAGCACAGUGGGGCAUGGCAGGAACCGUGCGAUUCCUGUCUGGUGCAGCCAAAGGCCUAUCCUGUGAACAUGCCUAUGGGGGAGGCAGGACAGAGGGAAACCCCAGAACCCCGGGACAAACCACCUCAUGUCCCCAAAGAGGAGCCCCUGCCCAACCAGGAGUAGGGUAAGGUACUGGAUGCUGGUCACGCUGUGGGCCUGCAUGCAGGGGAAGAUGCUCAAAUGUCCGCCUCUGCUCAUGACGGGGCCAUGAUGUAUGUAACCGUGUGGCUGGGGUGUGCAGCACCCAGGUUGGGGGUCCCUGAUCUUUCUCGCUGCAUGUGAGCAGCUCCUAGCAGAAAGAUGCUCUAUCUUUGUUGGGCCUUGUAGUGCUACCAUGGUAACAAUCCAUGAGCUAGUUGAUUUUUCUGUUAAUCAGUAUUCUAAUCAGCCCUUUCUCAUGCCCCUACAAACCCUCUGUGCCCAUUAAAGGGCUGGUGCAGGUGUUGGGGAAAUGCAUUUCCUCAGUGACAUUUGUCUGGUUUGUGUACAGUUAACCCACCCCACUCCUGUCUUGCUGCAGCUUCCCCCAGUACCAAGGAGACUUGGGACUGGUCAGCAGAUGAAAGCUCUUGGGGCUGGUGCCCUGGACAAAGCAGCAGGUGCAGAAACCUUGAGUGGAGCUGAGAAGCAGGCUCCUAAGGAAGGGCCUGUUAAGCUGGAGCUGCAGAGGACUUCCCCAGGAAGACUGGGAGAAAGGGGCUCCUUUACACCUGAUCUGGGCCAACUGCAGAAGUGGCAAGGCAGACCUCCAAAGCGGGGGGGAGAGCUUGGAGGAGGUGCCUGGCUGCUGAGCAGAGCUGAGGAGCAGGCUGCUGAAGAAGGGCCUGCAAAUGUGGAGUCGCCACAGACUUCUCCAGGGUGUUUGCAUGGGCUGGACUUGCUGCAACCUGAGAAGGACCAGUGGCACAGGAGUCAGGGUAGGCCUCACAAGCAGAAGGAGAAUAUAGCAGUGAAUUGGGUAGCAUCUCCAGUUGGGCAUGAAAGUGGAAAAGGGACAGAAGCCAGAAAGAGCCCUGGGUCCAGGGAAGAAUUUGUGGAGUUGAGAGACCUGAAGAAUAAGACAAAGUUCCACUGGAGAGAGAGACUGCAUCCAAACAAAGCUAGUGGGGAGGGCCUCAGAGGGAAGCUGGAACUCAUCACCAAGCCCAGGAGGAGAGCCCACUCCUGCCCUGUGUGCAAGAAAAGCUUUAGUUACCCCUCACUCCUGGCUCUGCACAAAAUAAGGUACCCUGGGGAGAAGUCCUGUGUAGCCACCAAGUGCAGGAAGAACUUCACUUGCCUCUCAAUCCUGGCUACUCACUGCAAGAUCCAUUCUGGAGGGCUCCCCCACCACUUCACUAAAUGUGGGAAGAGCUUUGUCUGCCCCUUGGACCUGGUCAAGAACCAACACGUGCACAGGGAGAAGCAUCUGUACCACUGCAUCAUGUGUUGUAAGACCCAUUUCUCUUCUCUGGCUCAGCACCGGAGCAUCCACUUGAGGAGGAAGAUACACUGCUGCACCAAGUGCAAGAAGAACUUCAUCUGCUGGCAAGGCCUGUCCCAGCACCAGUGUGUGCAAAGGAGGGAACAGACAUACUGCUGUACCAGGUGUGGGAAGAGCUUCAAGCAGCCCUCCAGCCUGGCCAGGCACAGGCAAAUGCAUGCAAGGGAGAAGCCACAUCAGCACUCUGAGUAUGAUAAGAGCUUCACCCACUCUUUCAUCCUGGCCAAACACCAGCUCAUCCACACAGGGGAGAAGCCAUAUCAGUGCUUUGAGUGUGGGAAGAGCUUCACCCACUUCUCCUACCUGACUGAACACAAGCAAAUUCACAUGUGGGAGAAGCCACAUCAGUGCUCAGAGUGCGAUAAGAACAUUACUCAGUCCUCCAGCCUAGCCCAGCGCCAGCACAUCUACACUGGAGAGAAGCCACAUCAGUGCUCAUAUUGUGGGAAGAGCUUCACCCACUCUUCCCGUCUGGCCCAGCACCAGCUCAUCCACACAGGGAAGAGGCCACAUCAGUGCUCUGAAUGUGGGAAGAGCUUCAGUCAAUCCUCCCAUCUGGUCCAGCACCAGUGCAUCCACAUGGGGGAGAAGCCGCAUCAGUGCUCUGUGUGUGGAAAGAGCUUCAGCAAAUCUUCCAGCCUAGCCCAGCACAAGCGCAUCCACACGGAGGCAGAGCCACAUCGGUGCUCUGUGUGUGGGAAGAGCUUCACUUACUUCUCUAGUUUGGCCCUGCACCAGCACAUCCACACUGCAGAGAAGCUGCAUCAGUGCUCUGAAUGUGGAAACAGCUCUACCUACUCCUCCAGCCUGGCCCUGCACCUGCUUAUCCACAAAGGGGAGAAACCACAUCAGUGCCAUGAGUUUGGGAAGAGCUUCACCCAAUCCUCCCACCUGGCCCAGCACCAGCUUAUCCACACGGGGGAGAAGCUACAUCAAUGCCCCAAGUGUGGAAAGAGCUUCCGCCGUUCCUCCAGCCUGACCCUGCACCAGUUUAUUCACACAGGGGAGAAACCACAUCAGUGCCUUGAGUGUGAGAAGAGCUUCACCCAGUCCUCCAGCCUGGCCCGGCACCAGCUUAUCCACACAGGGGACAAGCCACAUCAGUGCUUGGAGAGUGGAAAGAGCUUCUCCCAGUCCUUCAACCUGACCCAGCACAAGUCCAUCCACACAGGGGAGAAGCCACAUCAGUGCUCAGAGUGUGGGAAGAGCUUCACCCGCUUCUCCAACCUGGCUUAGCACCAGCGCAUCCACUCCUGGGAGUAUCUAUAAUUCUGUCAGCAAUGCAGGGGAGGGCUGGGAGAUGUCUACCUGCUCAGUACUCACCAGUUCAUAGAAUCAUAGAAGUAGGGUCAGAAGGGACCUUGUAGAUCUUCAAGUCCGAGCCCCUGCCUGGGCAGGAGGAAAACUGGGCUCAAGUGACCCCAGUCAGGUAGGCAUCAAGCCGCUUCUUAAAGACCCCCAGGGUAGGAGCCAGCACCACUUCUCUUGGAAGUUGGUUCCAGAUCCUAGCCACCCUUACUGUGAAGUAGUUCUUACGGAUGUAUAAUCUAAACCUACUCUCCAACAACUUGUGGCCGUUAUUCCUUAUUGAUGCAUGCCAGAAAGCAGACUCAUGCUGGUGUACUGCAGAGAAAAAUUCACCCAGCCUUCGUCCCUUGUAGGGCACAGCAGAACCCAAAGGACCCAGAGGCUAGCCCUCAAGGUUUAAUUGGAGGGAAGGGCUAAGAGGAAAGAAUGCAGGCAGAAGCCAGCCCAAAUGCUAGGGGAAGUGGUGAGGACAUGAGUGACUGGUGCCUCCUGAAUCUGGGGGGGGGGCACCCACAGAAGCUGCUGACCCUCCUUUCUGAAAUAUUCUCUAUGGGUUUCCUUGUUCCUGCCCUGGCCAAUGUGAGGGGUGCCUGGUUGUGGACAGCUCAUUCCAGUCUCAGUCACAAGCUCAAAUGUGUCUGUGCCCAGACAUGAAUCUUGGCAGGAUUCAGUCCUAGAGCUCAGGGGACAGGACACCUCAGGGAUGGGAACAGAUGAGGGUUUGUUGUCAUUGAACGACUCUGCCUAAGGCUUCAGACUGCAGCGGGACAGAGCAUGCCAACAGCCAGUAUCUGGUGUGUAGAAUUUUGAAAAUGCCUUUUAAGUUUGUGAAUUUCCUUUAAAAAAUCUGACAGAAAUACUAAAGGGGAUACCGUCCUGUUCCCUGCCAUGGACCCACCUUGUAUAGGUGCCCCCUGCCAUUCUCCCAGGAUGUAGGAAACCCCUCUGACCCCUCCCCCACUGGCUAUCAGAAAUUCCUUCCCCCCCCGGGUACAGAACCCCCCUGCCCCCACUUCACUGGGACUAGGGGGCUCCUUGCCCUCCAUUUCUGGGGUGGUGAGAAGGAGUAGGGGGGGCUGAGC